GUGCCGGUUCCUUCCAUACUUAAAAUCCUGCCCCCGCUACAAGCCCUCCUGCAGAGAGAGGAGCAGUGGAUGACGUAUCGCCCAGGAACUAGCCCGUGCGAGGACCCCAUGCACCCAGAUUAUAUGACGUUUUAGACAGUGGGAAAACCGCGAGGAAACGGUCAAGCAGAUGACGUGAUGCUUUCGGUGACGUCCCAUUCUGUGACUUCUGCACGGCAUGACUGACACUGGGAUUUAGAUUUGGAGAAAACAGCGCAAAUGGAGCAACAUAUCCGGGUUCCACUCAGGGCCAACGAGGUUCUCCUCAAAGUGCCCAACAAAUAAAAAGCAGAAGAGUUCUCUAAAUUUGCAUAAGUGAACUGCAGGCUUCGAGGAUCGCGGCCAAUAGAGAGUGAGGGGGCGGAGACGCACCUGGGAUAGUCCCCUCCUGCAGUAGAAGAGCAGGGAAUCAGAUUGGCUUCUUUCUAAGCGACAGUAGCGGAGGCCAAUCAUUUUUGAGAUGCACAGAUGAGGGCCGGCGCAACCAAUGGGGAGAAGCAUCUCCAGAAGGACUAGGCUUCUUGCCCAAUGAGGCUGGGAAGGCUGUGCGGCGCUGUUUCCGAGCGGCAGUAUUUAAGACCAACCCAGAGCAGAGCUGGGCGGGGCGCAGUACUGAACGACGGGGACAUUGACCAAUGGCGAGUGCGAAAACGGGCAGCCCAGACCGGGAACGCGAAGGGAGCUGAGGGAGGGGGAGGCUGAACGGGAGAGAAGCAGGAAGUAGCGGCGGUCGUGGGGAGGGCGGCGGCGGCGGCGGCGGCAGCGGCAGCGGCCGGAGCAGGGAAGAGACCUCCGGGUCUCGGCCCGCACUGGGAGCGGAACAAGUAAGCGUGCCUGGGGGCUGGGACCUGUUGCCAUGGGGGACAUGAAGACGCCUGAUUUUGAUGACCUCCUUGCUGCCUUUGACAUCCCUGACAUUGAUGCAAAUGAAGCCAUUCACUCUGGGCCAGAAGAAAAUGAGGGGCCAGGAGGCUCAGGGAAGCCGGAACCCAGUGUAGGAGGUGCAUCUGGAGAAACAACAGCAGCAGCUGCUGGGGAUGGCCCUGGGGUUCCCACCCAGGCCUCUGACCAUGGCCUGCCACCACCAGACGUCUCAGCAGUCAGCGUCAUUGUCAAGAACACUGUGUGUCCUGAGCAGUCCGAGUCCUUGGCUGGGAGUUCAGGAGGGGAAGGGGCCCGGGCUGGGGGAGUGACUAAGGAAGGGCCUUUGGGACCUCGUCUGAUGCAAAAUGGUUAUGGGGGCCCUGAGCCAUCCCUUCCAGGAACCCCGCACUCUCCAGCUCCUCCCAGUGCGGGUACCUGGAAAGAAAAAUCCAUGGAAGGCAAAGCUCCCCUGGACCUCUUUGCUCAUUUUGGGCCUGAGCCAGGGGAGCACCCCGAUCCUCUUCCUCCCUCUGCACCCUCUCCACCUCGGGAAGGGGCCAUGACCCCACCUCCUUUCCCCUCUCCCUUUGAACUGGCCCGGGAGAAUGGCCCGGCGCUGCUGCCCUCCGGUUCUCCCCCACUGCUGGGGGCCUUGAAGCAGGAAAGCUGCAGCCCUCUUCAUCCCCAGAGCCUAGCCCAGCCAGGCUCAGGCUCUAGCCCUGAGGCCACGGGCAUCCCUACCAGCACCUCCCCUUCCCGGGUUGCAGGGGUGUCCUUCUUCAAGAAGUCUCCAGGGCACCAGAGUCCUCUUGCCUCCCCUAAAGUGCCCAGCUGUCAGCCCCUAAAGGAAGAAGAGGAUGAGGGACCAGUGGACAAGUCUUCCCCAGGAAGUCCCCAGAGUCCUUCUAGUGGAGCCGAGGCUGCAGACGAGGACAGCAAUGACUCCCCUGCCUCCUCCAGCUCCUCUAGGCCCCUCAAGGUGCGGAUCAAGACCAUUAAAACAUCCUGUGGGAAUAUCACAAGGACUGUAACCCGGGUCCCCUCAGACCCUGAUCCCCCUGCCCCCUUGGCCGAAGGGGGCUUCCUGGCGGAGGCUAGCCUCCUGAAGCUGUCCCCCGCAGCCCCAACCCCUGAGGGUCCAAAGGUGGUGAGUGUCCAACUGGGUGAUGGCACGAGGCUGAAGGGCACCGUGCUGCCCGUGGCCACCAUCCAGAAUGCAAGUACUGCCAUGCUGAUGGCGGCCAGCGUGGCCCGCAAAGCCGUGGUUCUGCCUGGAGGCACUGCCACCAGCCCUAAGACAAUGGCUAAGAAUGUGCUGGGUCUGGUGCCCCAAGCCCUGCCCAAGGCUGAGGGGCGGGCAGGGCUGGGGACUGGGGGGCAGAAGGUGAACGGUGCCUCGGUGGUGAUGGUGCAGCCCUCUAAGCCGGCCACUGGGCCGGGGGCAGGGGGUGGCACCGUGAUCUCACGGACCCAGUCCAGCCUGGUGGAGGCCUUCAACAAGAUCCUCAACAGCAAGAACCUGCUGCCUGCCUACCGGCCAAACCUGAGUCCCCCAGCAGAGGCCGGGCUGGCCCUGCCGCCCACAGGCUACCGCUGCCUCGAGUGUGGGGACGCCUUCUCACUGGAGAAGAGCCUGGCGCGACACUAUGACCGCCGGAGCAUGCGCAUCGAGGUCACCUGCAACCACUGCGCCCGCCGCCUGGUCUUCUUCAACAAGUGCAGCCUGCUGCUGCACGCGCGGGAGCACAAGGACAAGGGGCUCGUCAUGCAGUGCUCGCACCUGGUCAUGAGGCCGGUGGCCCUGGACCAGAUGGUGGGGCAGCCGGACAUCACGCCCCUGCUGGCUGUCCCACCUGCCCUCGGACCUCCAGCCUUGCCUGCCUUGGGCAAGGGUGAUGGGGCCGUCACCUCCUCUGCUGUGACUGCAGUUGCCGCCGAGGCCCCCGUGCUGCCGCUCUCAACGGAGCCGCCUGCCGCCCCCGCCCCCUCUGCUUACACGUGCUUCCGCUGCCUGGAGUGCAAGGAGCAGUGUCGGGACAAGGCCGGCAUGGCUGCCCACUUCCAGCAGCUCGGGCCCCCCGCCCCUGGGGCCACCAGCAAUGUAUGCCCAGCCUGCCCCAUGAUGCUCCCCAAUCGCUGCAGCUUCGGUGCCCACCAGCGCAUGCAUAAGAACCGACCUCCGCACGUCUGCCCUGAGUGUGGGGGCAACUUUCUGCAAGCCAAUUUUCAGACCCAUCUCCGGGAGGCCUGUCUGCAUUUCUCUCGCCGCGUAGGAUACAGGUGCCCCAGCUGUGCAGUGGUGUUUGGGGGUGUGAACUCCAUCAAGUCCCACAUCCAGACGUCACACUGCGAGGUUUUCCACAAGUGCCCCAUCUGCCCCAUGGCCUUCAAGUCUGCACCCAGCGCCCACGCCCACCUCUACACCCAGCAUCCUAGUUUCCACACGCAGCAGGCCAAGAUGAUCUACAAGUGCGCCAUGUGUGACACGGUCUUCACUCACAAACCCCUCCUCUCCUCACACUUCGAUCAGCACUUGCUGCCCCAGCGUGUCAGCGUCUUUAAGUGCCCAUCUUGUCCUCUGCUUUUCGCCCAAAAAAGGACCAUGCUGGAACACCUCAAGAACACCCACCAGUCCGGGCGCUCAGGGGAGGAGACUGCUGGGAAAGGGGCCGGGGGUGCCCUUCUGACCCCCAAGACUGAGCCUGAGGAGCUGGCUGUGUCUCGGGGAGGAGCAGCUGCCGCUACUGAGGAAUCUUCUUCAUCCUCAGAAGAGGAAGAACUGCCCAGCUCCCCUGAGCCCCCUCGCCCAACCAAGCGGCCCCAGCGAGAACUGGGGAGCAAAGGCAUCAAGGGCGGGGGUGGGGGCCCUGGAGGCUGGACCUGUGGCCUCUGUCACUCCUGGUUCCCGGAGCGUGACGAGUAUGUGGGUCACAUGAAGAAGGAGCAUGGCAAGUCGGUGAAGAAGUUCCCCUGCCGCCUGUGCGAGCGCUCCUUCUGCUCCGCCCCCAGCCUGAGGCGCCACGUCCGGGUCAACCACGAGGGCAUCAAGCGAGUUUACCCAUGCAGGUAUUGCACAGAGGGAAAACGCACCUUCAGCAGCCGCCUGAUCCUGGAGAAGCACGUCCAGGUCCGGCACGGCCUGCCGCUCGGGGCCCAGUCCCCUGGCCGGGGGAGCGCCCUGGCCCGGGGCCCUGGUGCCAGAGCCCAGGGCCCGGGACGGAAGCGCCGCCAGUCCUCGGACUCCUGCAGUGAGGAGCCGGACAGCACGACACCCCCGGCCAAGUCCCCCAGGGGCGGGCCCGGGGCGGGCGGCCACGGCCCCCUGCGCUACCGGGGCAGCGGCUCGGCCGAGCAGAGCCUCCUGGCGGGGCUGCGGGUGGAGGGCGGCGCCCAGCAGUGCCUCGACUGCGGCUUGUGCUUCGCCUCCCCCGGCUCCCUGAGCCGGCACCGCUUCAUCAGCCACAAGAAGAAGCGGGGGGUGGGGAGUGCCAGUGCCCUGGGCCUGGGGGAUGGGGAGGAAGACGCCCCCCCUCCUUCCAGGUCUGACCCCGAGGGGGGAGAGUCGCCCGUGCCGGCCUCUGGGGGCCCCCUGACCUGUAAGGUGUGUGGCAAGAGCUGCGACAGCCCUCUCAACCUGAAGACCCAUUUCCGCACGCACGGCAUGGCGUUCAUCAGGGCGCGGCAAGGGGGCAGCGGGGACAACUAGAGCCCAGGCCGGGACUGACUUGCCCCCUCUCUCUUUCUCUCUCUCUCUCUCGGGAGCCUGGGUCACUGCUGCCGCCCGGUCCCCGGGCCGCGGAGGCCGUUAUACUUCAUGUGUUCAGCGCCUCUCCUGCCGACCCCCAAGGACAAACGAGCUGUUGAGAAUGGCCGUUACCUGAGGGCCCCCCCUGGGUCUGGCCCUUGGGUCCUAGUAGAGUGGGGCCUCCAUUCCUUCUUUCUGAGCCCAACACUAAUUUUUCGCUUGCUGCAGCCCCCCAUGUGGGACGGGGCGGGUGGGAGGACGGGAAGGCCCCGUGCCGGGGUGGUCGUGGUCAGGGGCACGCUCCUCAACCCUGUGGGCACAGAUGGCAGCCUGGGCCUUGCCCUAGUGCCCCCCUCAGACUUCCUGGCACUCAAGCCCCCCCACUCCUGCAGUGCCUUUUCACUUUUUUUUUUUUCCCCAGAAAUCGGGGGGGGGGGGGGGUUGGUGGAGACGAGUCCUGUCGAGGGGGUCCUGGGGAGAGGAGGGGACAGGCUCUCAGGAAUCCUUUAUUCUUGUAGUAAUAAUAAUACUAACAGUGGGGGAAAUGGGAGGGAGAAAACCAGGCCAUUAAAACUGCUCGUGGUUUAA